AGUACUAUAUAAAAAAAGAAAACCGGCACUCUUUUACGCUGAAUCUCUCUAUUUUUGAAAAAUCCCUUUUUUCUUUUGGAAGAAAUAAAAACGUCGAUUGAGAGAGAAGCUCUCACUGUCGAAUUUCCGGCACGAAUUCAAGAUUCUGGACGUUUUCGCCGGAAAAUCGUUGGAAUCUUCAAAGGAAUCUUCUGGAAAUCCGGAAAGGCACGUUUGGUUUGUAGGAUUUCAGACCGGAAGGUCUACGGCCAGAUUUCAUCCGAAAGCUCAAUCGGAAGAUUCCCGCUUUUCCUAAUCUUUUCUCCACUCCUCCGAUUUUCCUACCGGAUCUUGUUUUUUAACCCUUUCCGGUACUCAUCGCCGAUUCUGGCACUGUCGGAUACGAAUGCGGUGCUGAAAAAACCAGAACCGACGGUGGAUUUUGUAGGAAUUCGGACGGGUGGAUUUUCGCGAAGAGAUUCGAGCAAGAGAGAUAGGUUCGUUGCGAUUACGAUCGAGAAAGGUCGAAAUUUUGAGGAAUUUCGCUCUCGUUGAAGGAAAUCCUUUUUUUUUCCCCAUUGUAGAGUGGUGAAAAUCCCUGUAGGUUUAGAUCGGAGUUGGCUUGGACCGUUGGAUCUUGCGGUUGAGAUCGUACUUGAAGAGGAUUCUUCAGAACGGCUCAUUUUCGAUUGAAACUGGUGGAGAAAAGCUCCGGAAAGUUGAUUCAGAUGGGAAUUUGAAUUCUUUGGUAAAAUCAGCUUUCCGGUCUGUUCACUGAGAUUCAAUUAAUUCCUCUCUUUCUCUCUUUGAAAGAGAACGUGAAGUUAUAGUCGAGGAGUACAGGCGGAGAUUUUGAGAUCCAAUGGCUGAAAUGGGAGCAAAAUGGCGGGGUUUGAGAUCGGUAGCAGCAAUCGGGUUCAGCUUUCUUCUAGCUUCUGUGCUUGUCUCCGCAGAACGGAAUCUGAAAGGCAUGGCUUCAACAAAUGAGAAAAUUGAAGAUGCAGAAUCGGAUUACCUUUUGAGAUUCAUAAAUUUCUUGUGGCAACCCAAUGGAUCGAGCUACCAGCAUGUUUGGCCAGCUAUGAAAUUCGGCUGGCAAAUUGUUGUGGGUACGAUCAUUGGGUUCUUUGGAGCAGCAUUUGGGAGUGUUGGUGGUGUUGGCGGGGGCGGGAUCUUCGUUCCUAUGCUGACUCUGAUUAUUGGGUUCGAUGCCAAAUCAUCGACAGCUAUAUCAAAAUGUAUGAUCAUGGGAGCAGCAGCCUCGACUGUUUACUACAAUCUUAAGCUAAGGCAUCCAACUCUAGAUAUGCCCAUCAUAGACUAUGACUUGGCGUUGCUUUUCCAACCGAUGCUUAUGCUUGGAAUCAGUAUUGGUGUCGCUUUCAAUGUGAUUUUUGCUGAUUGGAUGGUCACUGUUCUGCUCAUCAUCCUUUUCUUGGGCACAUCAACAAAGGCUUUCUUGAAGGGUGUGGAAACAUGGAAGAAAGAAACUAUAAUUAAAAAGGAGACUGCAAAACGCUCGGAAUCAAAUGGCAAUAGCAAUGAAGAGGUGGAAUACGAGCCUCUCCCUAGUGGCCCAAGCAGCGGCACUGAGAAUGGGACCAAGGCAUCUGGGGACGAAGAGGUCCCAAUUCUUAAGAAUGUCUACUGGAAGGAACUUGGCCUUCUCGUCUUUGUCUGGGUUGCAUUCCUCACGCUGCAAAUUGUUAAGAAUGGUACAACAACUUGUUCCACAGCAUACUGGGUUUUGAACUUACUGCAGAUCCCAGUUUCUGUGGGGGUGUCUCUGUAUGAGGCGGUUAGCUUAUAUAGAGGCACGAGAGUGAUUGCAUCCAAGGGAGAGGAAGGGACAAGCUGGAAAGUCCAUCAGCUGGUUCUCUACUGCUUCUGUGGCAUACUCGCAGGCAUAGUUGGCGGACUGCUUGGUUUAGGCGGAGGUUUUAUUCUGGGCCCACUUUUCUUGGAGCUGGGCAUCCCUCCUCAGGUAUCGAGUGCUACGGCCACCUUUGCCAUGACAUUCUCCUCAUCAAUGUCUGUUGUAGAAUAUUACCUUCUAAAGCGUUUUCCAGUUCCAUAUGCUCUCUACUUUGUGCUCGUGGCAACAAUCGCCGCCUUUGUUGGGCAACACGUGGUGAGGAAGCUAAUCAUUUUAUUAGGGAGGGCAUCCCUCAUCAUCUUCAUACUAGCUUUCACAAUCUUUGUGAGCGCAAUCUCACUUGGUGGGGUUGGUAUAUCGAAUAUGAUAGUGAAGAUCGAGCGGAAGGAAUAUAUGGGAUUUGAGAACCUCUGCAAGUAUGAAGCUUAGCUUGGAGAUCUAUUCUUAUUUAAUCACCAUCCUUGUUGUUAUGCUGUUAUUCAUUUAUUUCCAUCAGGCCAAAAAUGUUGGGCUCUCUCUUGCUUUUGUGUACCAAUUUUCCCAUUUCUAAGGUUCAAGAAAACUGUGGUUUAAUGAUAUGAUUAUUGUGAUCCAA